CAGUUCUUGCAACAAAUUCUCUAUAUAAGCCUCUCCUUCUAUACCAAACAAUUAUAUGAAGCCUUUUGCCCUAUUAUAGCUUUUUCUUUACUUCAUUUGCCAGUCGUGUUUUUUUUUUUCUCAGCAGUAAUUGUACGUCCAGCUUCUUAGCUUCGCCAUCUUCGUUGAUCAGAGAUCACUAAAGAACAGUAUAAUUUUAGAAUGUGGAAGCUUAAGAUUGCUGAAGGACAUGGACCAUAUUUGUACAGCACCAACAAUUUUGCUGGCAGACAAAUUUGGGAGUACGACCCUAAUGGCGGAACACCGGAAGAACGAGAAGCAUAUGAUAAAGCUCGCGAAGAAUUCCAGAGGAAUCGGAAAUUGAAGGGAGUUCACCCCUGUGGUGAUUUAUUCAUGCGGAUUCAGCUUAUUAAGGAAAGUGGGAUCGAUCUAAUGAGCAUACCGCCAGUUAGACUUGGAGAAAAAGAAGAAGUAACCUAUGAAACAGCCACGACUGCCGUGAAGAAAGCUUUACUCUUAAAUCGUGCAGUACAAGCAAGCGAUGGCCAUUGGCCAGCUGAAAACGCCGGUCCGAUGUUUUUCACUCCUCCGCUGAUUAUUGUCUUGUAUAUCAGUGGAGCAAUUAAUACUAUCCUCACAUCAGAACACAGAAAGGAGAUGGUUCGCUACAUUUACAACCACCAGAACGAUGAUGGUGGAUGGGGAUUUUACAUUGAAGGUCAUAGUACGAUGAUUGGCUCUGCACUUAGUUAUAUAGCUCUACGUUUGCUGGGAGAAGGGCCUGACGAUGGUAAUGGUUCGAUUGCUAGAGCCCGCAAAUGGAUCCUUGAUCAUGGAGGUGCAACCGGAAUUCCCUCAUGGGGAAAGACCUAUCUUUCGGUCCUUGGAGUGUAUGAUUGGGAUGGUUGCAACCCAUUACCACCAGAAUUUUGGCUUUUCCCUUCAUUUUUACCUUAUCAUCCAGCCAAGAUGUGGUGUUAUUGUCGUACUACAUACAUGCCUAUGUCAUAUUUGUACGGGAGAAAAUAUCACGGGCCACUUACCGAUCUUGUUUUAUCGUUGAGAAACGAGAUUCACAUCAAGCCAUAUAAUGAGAUAGACUGGAAUAAAGCACGUCAUGACUGUUGUAAGGAAGAUUUGUACUAUCCUCAUAGCUCAAUACAAGAUCUUCUUUGGGAUACUCUCAAUUACUGUGCCGAGCCAGUAAUGAGACGUUGGCCACUAAAUAAGAUUAGACAACGAGCUCUAAAUAAGACAAUCAAAUAUAUGCGCUACGGAGCAGAAGAGAGCAGAUACAUUACCAUCGGAUGUGUAGAAAAGAGUCUACAAAUGAUGUGUUGGUGGGCACAUGAUCCAAACGGUGACGAAUUUAAGCAUCAUCUCGCAAGAGUUCCCGAUUACUUGUGGCUUGCCGAAGAUGGAAUGAAAAUGCAGAGUUUUGGUAGUCAAAUCUGGGAUAGUACUCUUGCCACUCAAGCCGUUAUUGCAACUGGUAUGGUUGAGGAAUAUGGGGAUUGCCUUAAGAAGGCACACUUCUAUGUGAAAGAAUCUCAGAUAAAAGAAAAUCCGGCGGGAGACUUCAAAAGUAUGUAUCGUCACUUUACUAAAGGCGCGUGGACUUUCUCAGAUCAAGAUCAGGGGUGGGUUGUAUCAGACUGCACAGCCGAAGCCCUUAAAUGUCUCCUCUUACUCUCACAACUGCCCACAGAAAUUGCUGGAGAAAAAGCAGAUGUUGAGCGCUUGUACGAGGCUGUGAAUGUCCUCCUAUAUCUACAAAGUCCUGAAAGUGGUGGAUUUGCUAUUUGGGAGCCCCCAGUUCCACAGCCAUAUUUGCAGAUGUUGAAUCCUUCAGAAAUUUUUGCAGACAUAGUGGUUGAAACAGAGCACGUUGAAUGCAGUGCUUCAAUAAUCCAGGCUCUUUUGGCAUUCAAGCGUCUAUAUCCAGGCCACAGGGAGAAGGAAAUUGAAAUUUCCGUCGCUAAAGCAAUAUCCUUCCUUGAAGGAAGACAAUGGCCCGACGGCUCAUGGUAUGGCUAUUGGGGAAUUUGCUUCUUGUAUGGUACAUUUUUUGUGCUUGGAGGAUUGUCUGCUGCAGGGAAAACUUAUGAAAACAGUGAAGCAGUUCGUAAAGGAGUAAACUUUUUGCUAUCAACACAAAAUGAAGAAGGUGGAUGGGGAGAAUGCCUUGAAUCAUGUCCAAGCAUGAAAUACACGCCUUUGGAAGGAAAUAGAACAAAUUUGGUACAAACAUCGUGGGCCAUGCUAGGUCUUAUGUAUGGUGGACAGGCGGAGAGGGAUCCAACAUCUUUACAUAAAGCAGCAAAGUUGUUGAUUAAUGCCCAAAUGGAUGAUGGAGAUUUCCCUCAACAGGAAAUUACUGGAGUAUACAUGAAGAAUUGUAUGUUACAUUACGCACAAUACAGGAACAUUUUUCCAUUGUGGGCACUUGGAGAAUAUCGUAAACGUGUGUGGUCAUCUCAAAGCCUGUAAAUUAAGAGAAAAAUCGUUACAUAAUCAUCAACAUUAAUCUUUUUUCUUUCUAUAAUGGAUGUAUUUCCUUUUGAAGUGUUCAAGUAAUAUAACCUUGCAAUAAUGAUAUGUUUGGUAAGUUGAAUUGAAUAAUACUAUCCCAAAGAAAGAAAAAAGUCAUAUUUUUUCCCA